CUUGCUUUCAGGCCCCGACAUGAACAACUCCCUCCAUGGAGUACUGCUCAGGUUCAGAAAGGAGCUUGUUGCCCUAACCGCUGACAUCCAACAAAUGUUCUAUGGGUUUUUGGUGAGGGAAGACCACAGAAAUUACUUAAGAUUCCUCUGGCACAAGGAUAACGAUCUUAGUAAGGAGGUGGCAGAGUAUAGAAUGCGAGUCCAUGUGUUUGGGAACAGCCCUUCAUCUGCAGUGGCUAUAUAUGGCCUUCGGAGAGCUGCCCAGGAAGGUGAACAGAAGUACGGCUCUGACUCUCGCCACUUCGUCGAGCGACACUUUUAUGUGGAUGAUGGGCUCAUCUCCCUCCCAACUGAAGCCGAAGCCAUUGAUCUGCUCAAGCGCACUCAAGCGCACUCAAGCUUCACUGGCAGAAUCAAAUCUUAAACUGCAUAAAAUCGCCUUUAACAGUGUCGCAGUGAUGCAAGCUUUCACACCUGGAGAACUGGCUGCGGGCCUAAAAGACUUGGGCCUUGAUGAAGAAGUGCUUCCAGUACAAAGAAGCCUUGGUUUGUGCUGGAACAUAGACUCUGACACUUUCACAUUCAGAGUUGCAGUCAACGACAAGCCGUUCACCCGCCGUGGAGUGCUAUCCACCGUCAAUAGCCUCUUUGACCUAUUGGGCUUGGUCGCACCAGUGACCAUCAGGGGGCGAGCACUGCUCAGGGAACUUUCUGCUGACGUUCAUGAAUGGGACACUGAACUUCCUGCAGAAAAGUUUAACAAGUGGGAAACAUGGAAAGAAUCACUGCAGGAUUUGAGUAGCCUCCAUCUUCCCCGCUCAUACAUACAACAGUCUCUAUCCAGUGCCACAUACACAGAGUUGUGUCUCUUUUCGGAUGCUUAUAGCUGGGCUAUAGGAGCAGUAGCUUAUUUGAGGGUUGUCCUGACAAAAGGGCAUUGUAGAGUUGGCUUUGUGCUCCGGAAAGCAAAGCUGGCCCCUCAACCAGAGCCCACCACCCCUUGCCUCGAACUAUGUGGCGCUGUGCUGGCCGUCGAGAUGGCUGAACUGAUCCUCGAUGAGCUUGACCACAAGCCAGACGCACUGAGGUUUUACUGUGACAGCAAAGUUGUCCUCAGCUAUAUACACAAUAGCUCUGAGCGAUUCUUUGUGUAUGUACACAAUCGUGUUCACCGGAUACGCAGGACAACCUCCCCCCAACAGUGGCAUUAUGUGCCUACGGAUCAAAACCCAGCUGAUCUGGCCACCAGGUCUGUGCCUGGUGGCCACACACUUCAAACAAGGCGUAAGUGGCACACGGCAUGUCCAAACCUGGAAGUUGGAGACAUUGUGGUACUUAAACAGAGCCAAUCACCCCGCCAUGAGUGGCCAAUGGGUUUGGUCACUUCUACCAGUCCAAGUGGUGAUGGGAAGGUCCGCAAAGUUGAGGUCAGGACAACAUCGCAAGACAAAAUAAAGACAUUCUUAAGGCCUAUCUCAGCUGUGGUCUUACUCCUGGCAAAGGAAAGUCAAAGGUCAAGUUAGGAAAGUUAAGUCUUCAGUGGCAUCAGUAUUUGCCAGACGGGGAGUGUUCUGCCCUGAAUAUGUUUUAUUUUAAAAGACACUUAAAGUUACUGUUGAAACGUUUUAUUGUUGCAAAGGUAUUGUGAGCAACCUAGUAACAGGAAGCAGGAAGUAACAGUGUAAACACAACAGUGAGGAGACAUGAUGGCAUGUUUGUAUCAUCAUCUCAUGGCUGUUAAUCCUUGAGUAAUCCUUUGUGUGUAUCCCUCAGAAAGCAAUGACUUUUCACUCCGAUUCAAUGCUGUCAUCCUGACUUACCUGCUGUUUAAGAAGUCAAUAAAGGAGCAUGCACGCUCACUUCCUGGCUCUUGAAAUGGAGAUUG